AUGACACUGCACAUGGCCCUCGGUUUGUAUAUCCGCAAAUUGGGGCUCCAACCCACGUCGACGCGCGGUGUCUACUGCGUCCAUCUGUCGUCAGCGUUGCCAGCGACGCUCCAAAGCGCCUUGGCGACGCUCGAGGCCAGCGCGUCGCUGUCGGACGUUCGUGUCUGCACCAUUGUCGACCCAGCGCUCUACGCGGGCCUCUACGCCGCACCCGCUUUGCCGUGGCUCCACACUAUCUACGCCUCGAUACCACCGACAAUUGCGUCGUCUUGGCUCGGACGAGAACGAGUCCCGACCGCGGUCUGCUAA